AUGACCGCGACGAGCCAUGGGUUUUCAAGGAACAGCCAAAUUCUCGUCUAUGUCAUGCCAGUCGGCAACAUUCCACGCCACAUGUACAUGGAAGGCAUCAGGAUGCUGCAGGCGUCGGCGGUGAUCCCUAUGAGCAGCCUCACUAGGCCGGGCGGGUACAGUGCCGAGUUGUCGCCUUUCCGAGCCCUAUCAUGGGAUAGCACGACAUCCAUCGUGUAUCGCUUCGAAGAUACUUUGUCGCAGGCAUCAUCAUCGUCCACGUUGUCAUCGGCGUCGUGCGACGAAGUGCAUGCAUGGAACCGUCCGUUAGGGGUGAUCGGGCUAUGUCAUUGCCCCAGCACCGCGGAUUUGCGCGACGCGUACGCCGAUUUCAAACGCGCGGCCUUGAAAUACCCCAGCGCCAUCAUCCAAAAGGUUUAUGCGUUCGAACAUGCCUUUGGCGCUGGCACGCUCGAGGAUGUGUCAGCGUUGGACGACCUUGUCAUGUUUCCGCUGGCGGCCCCGCUCAGCGACGGUCACACUACUGUUAGUUUGCAUUUGCAAGUUGUGCUCGAUGCCAUGACCGUCACCAUCUUGAUGUCGCUGGAAAGCACAGUCCGGGGGGUGUUACGACAGCACCAGCAGCAAGCCGGGGCCGCCAUCGUGCCGUCUGCGGAUCUGUCUGAAUCCGGAUUCGGACUCCUAAGUACACAAGUGGACCCUCCUGCCACCACGUCCCCAUACCCAGCAGCAGCAGCAGCACCCAUCCACUCCCCUGCGUUUCUCGGCACCUCGUCUGGUAUGUCGACGCCUGCCGCCUUGCGCACGGGCUCUGGCAACUCGACGUUGCUUCCACGGCCUUCAGGAGUCACCACGACGGCGUCGGCAAUGGACUUGAGUGAAAGAAACGUUUGUACCACACACACUCUUGUGAGUCGCAAGCAAAUGCCGCGAUCCAAUCGAUCGCGCCAAGAAAAGCUGGUCGCCGACUACGCGCUCGUGGUCGGGUGCGUGCCGGACGCGGUCGACUACUACACGACCGCCAUCGACGGCUUGCGCGACGAUGAAAAGAAAAGCGCGCCAAAGUCCGGCACCAAUCCCGCCGACGGACUCUGGCUCGGUGCCGCCUUGGAAGGUUACGUCACUGCGCUCUACUUGACCAUGCAGAGGCAGAAAGGGGGGAACGGUGUCAAGUUGAACGUGGAAAUGAUCGAAAAAGCGUCCGAAGCCAUCGCAUGGUAUGCCAAAGUGGGGUGCGUCGCGCUCGAAGCAAACCUCGUGACAGCCAUGGGAUGGUAUUAUACCGAGUUGGUCGACGACGAUCUCGUCGGCGGUCGAGGCGGCAACCGCCGUCAUCCCCUUCAACGCGCCGACGAAGCCGAAUGGAUCCGACGACUGUGCAUCGAGACCCACCAUCGCCUGCUGCUUCUUGGCGUCCGCAACGCCGAGCCAUUCCCGAGCAGCCACACGUCAUCUCAAGUGUCCAUCAAGCACGUGUUGGCCGUGGCUCGACAGUGCCGGCGCAUUGGAUACACGCGGAAAGAACUGCUGUACGUCCUCGAUGCCAGCGCCUUGUUGUGUCUCCGCAGUCGAUCUCGCAUGAUAUCAUCGUCCUCUUCGCCGACAAUGGACCUGCAUGCUGCAUAUGUGCUCGUCCAACAAGUCCUCCAUGGCCUCUCUACCCCGAUACACAACCCACAAAGCAGUGGAAACGCAUCGGACAAAGAGAGAGGGCCGGUUGUUGCUGUGGUGGGGUGGAGCCGACUGCGGUUCUACGUGCUUCGACACGUGAUUGGGCUCGCUCGAAAACUCCACCGACCCCACGAAGUGGCCACGCACACGUUGGCGUUGCUCGAUUUGCUCGUGCAUGAUCCCACUGCCAUAACCGCAUCUGGUGACGCCGCCGCAGGGAGUGCCGCGUGGAACGAGCCAGUGUUCUCUGCGACCUUGCACAUCCACGUGGUGGACACGACCGGCGCGUUGAAGACGCCUCUCACUAGGGGAGGACUGCACACGGCCCCUACGGUGUACGCCACGCCGCCGCCCAGCAUGGAGAAAGAAGUGAAGAAGGCAGCUGUGAUGUUGUUGCAACAUAGCAAUUCGUCGUCGCUGUUGUCGUCCAGUUACUUCAAACACCUGCCCCUUCUCACAUCCACCACGGGCACCAAUCCCUCCCCCCCUCCGUCGUCCGGAAGUACGACCCCGCGACAACUGCUCUUGUCCACCCCCCGGCAGUUGAUGUCCGCCGUCCUCUCCAACACGUCGACUUCGUCCUCGGCUUUCUUUGACGCGUCCGAUGUCGCUGCUGGCCAGUCGUCCCCACAGCCAACAACUCACAUACCAGUUGACUCCACUGCUACUACUACUCCAUCGAUCAAGCAGCAUCCAUCUUCCGACACGACCACACAGUGGACAAAUCCCGUCCAAGAAUGGCAACAUGCAUGCUGGCGCUUGCUGCACGACGACACGUCAUCGACCAAGUCGAGGAUCGACCUGCCGUUAACGAAACGCAAUGGUCUCGUUCGCAUUGAACGGUUUCAAGUGGGGCGACGUGCCGUGCCAACGUCCAACGCCCACGCGACGACCACAAGUGGCCUUCGGCGGCUGGACGCGGUGCUCCGAGCAGUGCAACGCAAGUCGACCGCUCCUCCACCCAACCCCUCGACGUUUUUCUACAAUCCGUUUCAAGCCAAAGGAGAUGCCAUAAACAACAACACCACCACCGACGAUGAAAACGAUACCAUGUACCCCGUGCACGCUUCGAUCGACCUCGAGAUGGUGGUGCACAACCCCACCGAUAUCGACGUGCUGUUCCCCCACGUGGCGGCGUGGGUCGCUCAAGGAGAUCCGGACGACAGCUCGACGAUCAAAGCGCAGUGCCCCCCCGUAGUGCUCCAGUUGACCCCCCGGCAGUCCAACAGAACUACCCGGCUCACCGUCCGGCCCACGCACAUCGGACCGAUGGUCGUCCUGGGGUGUCUCUUGCGACUCAAGCAUCAAACCCUUCGGUACAAGUUGGAGCGUCCGGUGGUGCUGGAGAUUGUCCCCGCCCUGCCGACACUGACGUUCCGUGCGUCACCAGCAACCGCGUCGUCCAUGUUCCAACACCAACUCCACCGCGUGUCUGUCGACGUGAUCAACCCGUCGGGCUUGUGCGCAUCGCAUUUGUUCAUGGACAUGACGAUCGUGGUCCACAUGCCGCCGUCCCAUGCCAAGGCCAGCACGGCCACCGUCGUCCUCGUGAACUCGCUUCUCCUCGACACUGCCGACUCGUCGUCUUCUUCAGCUGGUGUCCACAAGGUGACGGUGGCUGGUGGUGUCGACGUCGAAUGCUCUCUCCCCCCCGGCUUUGAUCACUUGGACGGACAAUCAAGUGUGUCCAUGGACGUGACCGUGCACUGUGCCCACGCGUGUACCAUUGAGAUCCAACUGCGGGCGUUGUAUGGCCACUCCCUGACCCACGAGAAACUGUAUCGGGAAACCGCCGCCACCGUGUCCAUCACGUGCGAGCCGGCAGUUUGCAUCACAGCGUUGGCUCCGUUAUUCCUGGCGGGCUCGGAUGGCCAAGACGGAUAUAUCUCGUCCAUGUGGGUGGCGGAGCUGUGGAAUCCGUCGCCGUCCGUCCUCUUUCACGUCCAUGUCGACGGGGAACUAGCUGCCAAUGUGCCAGUUCCGCCGCUGUGCGUGCGGCGGAUGCUGCUUCCGUCGUCGUUGGUACAUACCCCAUUCAAGUGGACCACGCCGGCUUCGGGGGCCAGUGGCGCCAUACCCACACCAGACACCACGACGACGACUAUCCGUGCCUGUCCUCGUCAUGAGCUGCCGACGGACGUGCCGUGGACGUUGCAUGUGGCGUUGGGGCAGCAUGCGAGUCCGUUAAUGCUAACGUCGAUGCCCCUGCACGAGUUUUUCCAAGUCGUCGUGCAUGUGAUGCCAAGGGACCGAGGGAACCAGCCGACAUGUCGCCUGCCUUUGUUGUUGUCUGUCCAGAUCCACGUGCUGGAACAAGUAACGUCCGUCGGCGGCGGCCUACAACUAAGGCCCACCACCAACAUGGUCGUGGCAGGUCAAUUGGCGUACCAACCGAGCGUGGAACACCCACAUGUCGUGCAAGUGAUGGCCAUGACACAUGGAGUGUAUUGUAUCCGAUGUGUGGGUAUGUGGGCCCAAGGCGGCACUGACGUGGUCGAGUCGGCAAUGUUAAAAAUACAAACCAUUUAA